AAUGUCAAAAAUGCCAUUUGUCAAAAAGAAGCGCGUGGAGCAAAGCGUGGGGUGAAAAGUCGCGGUGUUUUGUGCUUUACAAUAUCUCGGAGUUUCUAUUGUGUAAAGGAAACUUUAUUUUUUUUCUUUGAAGCUUCUUCACUUUUAAUCUUCAUUGAAUUCCUCAGUGAAGCGAGAAAUCGCCGAGAGGUUGAGAUUCUUUCAACGCUCCGGUAUUUAUAAACAUGGCUGAAAACGACGCAAACGUAAACCCUAAGGCGUACCCUCUUGCGGACGCUCCUCUCACCGCCAAGAUCUUGAACUUGGUGCAGCAGGCGGCAAACUACAAGCAACUCCGUAAAGGUGCCAAUGAAGCUACCAAAACAUUAAACCGUGGACUUUCGGAACUCAUAAUAAUGGCGGCCGAUGCCGAGCCUUUGGAGAUUGUGUUGCACAUUCCAAUUCUGUGUGAAGACAAAAAUGUGCCUUAUGUGUUUGUGAGGUCCAAACAAGCUCUUGGACGGGCUUGUGGGGUCUCUCGCCCAAUCAUUUCUUGUUCCAUUACUAUUAAUGAGGGUUCUCAGCUGAAACCACAAAUUUUGAGCAUCCAGCAGGAAAUUGAAAGACUUUUAGUGUAAGAUGUGUGUGUGUAAACAAAAUCUAUUUUUGGUAAGGUGAAAUACAUAUUGUAUAAGCUAAA